AUGUUUGGUAUGGGUGUUCUCGCCUCCCACUACACCCAGCAGGAGAUUCGAGCGUAUGAUGGCGCGCUGAUGGCUGAGGCUAAGGCCCAUGGAGACGAGCACGUCGUUGUUCGUCGUGAUGAUGGUGAUGGUACCGUGUACCCCAUUUCGACAAUGACCGAGACCAAGACUGAACUCUCCACUCUCUACGCCACCAGCCGCGCCCCCAACGUCUUUACCAAGGUUGAGACUGUCACUGGCACCACCUAUGUUACCGUCCCUGAGGAGGUCCAUGUCUCCAUCUCUGUUGCCACCAUCGAGAGCUCCGCCGAGGUUUGCGAGAUCGAGGUCGUCACCAUGACUGAGAGCUUCACUGUCACUGUGAUUCCUAUUCCCAGUGAGGACUUCACGGCCACGUCUGCUGCCCUCCCUGAGGCGACCGUGAUCGGCGACCCCUCCACCGUCACCGACGUCCAGACUGAGCUUUCCUUCACCAGCGGCCUCCCUGAUGCUACAGUUUCUGGAAGCCCUGACACCGUCACCAACGUUGAGACUGAUUUCUCUGUCUCCCCUGGUCUUCCUGAUGCCACAGUGUCGGGUAACCCCUCUACUGUGGCUGAUGUCCAGACCAACUGGUCCCUCACCAGUGGCCUCCCCGAUGCUACCGUCUCGGGCGAACCCUCCACCGUCACUCAGGUCGACCCGAGCUUCUCUGUCACUGGAAGCUUCCACACUGUCAUCACUGUCACGGACCUCUUCCCUCCCGCGGAGGAUAUGAGCACAGUUACAGAGCUGACCACGGUUCAGAAGACUCUCACUACUCACAAGUCGAUUGUCACAAUCACUGUCACGGAUCUCAUCCAGGAAUCCCCUGCCGUCUCCUUUAUCUCCCCCACAAGCACCUUCACUGAGGUCGUUUUCGAGACAAGCGGCGAGGCUUCCACCUCUACCAAGACGGUCCAGGUUCAAAUGCCUCCCUACCCCACCGCCAACAACACCAUGGUGGCUGGUCCUUCUGGCACUGUCACCGUCAUUCCUACCGCUGUCACGCCCGUCAUCGUCUCGGGUGCGACCAAGAAGCCCGAGCCGCGUGGCUUCGGUGGCAGCAACGGCACUUCCAACCUGGGCUGUGCCAUCAUGCUGAUUGCGACCAUCAUGUUCUUCCUCUAG